AACUAAACAGCAGAGUUUGUGUUUUCGGUGGGGGAGUGAUUGUGACUGCACCGAUUCUCUGCUCAAACCUGUACGCGGAAAACUUUGCAUUGAUUGAAUGAAGGCAGCGGUAAAGGAAGAGACAGAUGUUCGCAGUAUGAAGGAGAAAAGCGACCCACCUCUUCUCCCACAGGUACCCAUACUGCGCCUCCCACGUCCACCGUCACCAUCUGGCCGUGGCUUUGACCUUUCUUCACCCAGAGCACUUGCUCACUGCCCACCCAAAGAUCACCAAAAGUGUCGCUCUUUUCUUCGCCAGCUCUUCCUCCGCAGCCUCCUUGCAGCUGCUGGCCUCCCUGUCACGUUCACACUUUAUCAGCGAGUAACUGUCAGUGCGACUCGCUUCAAUGCCUGUGACAUGGAAGGACACAAUUUUCAGGUCUCUGACUUACAGACUCCUAUAGGUGUGCAGAAGGAGGCACUUAUCCGGGGACCCGACAUCAUUUCCUACUCUUUCUGUGUCUAAGGGAUUAUUAAUUACAAAGCACUGAGUGAAAUAAAACAAGUCUCUGUGGUCGUAUUGCAAAGAUUUGUGAAUUGCACCUUUUUGUCCAUGAGUGAAAAAACUAUCAUUUUUGUAGUCCUCCAAUUGUCAAGUGUUACAGGAGCUUCCUGUAUGAUUAUUAUACAUGGGUGUUAAAUCUUUGUCUAAACCCUAAAAAUUAAAAUGGCUAGAAAUGCUUUAUUAUAUAUACUGAACUUAUUGUUAUAAGUGCAAAUUAUCAAGCAGAAAAUGAGGUUUGCCUGUCAAAUAAACUGAUGCUAUAGGA